UUGGACACCGGCAUCCAUAAAUACUAGACAGCUGCUUGAUGCAGUCUGUAGUCAAGCUGCGUCGACUGCAAAUUCAAACUCGCAGCAAUGUCCGAACUUAUGCGCACUUUGCCAGCUUCCUGGUAUUGCAGCCAGCCUCUCUAUCAGCUUGAAAGAAGGGCAGUGUUCUUGAAAUCAUGGUAUCUUGUCGGACCCGUCACUAGAUUCUGUGAUAUAGGUGUCAAGGUUGAAUAUGAGAUAGCUCAACAGCCUAUAUAUGUUGCUCGGUGUGCUGGAGAGGAUCCAUUUCCUGGACAGGACGAGGUCCAAGUAAUCUGCGCGAAAAGUGAACGACCACUAAAGCACCACGUCACGCCAACAGGCCUCGUUUUCGCAACUCUAUUAGACGAGGCGCCCAGCUUCCAUGAGUAUUUCCCGGACUUGGAGCCACUACUCCAACGGGUGAACUUUACCAAGCUUCCGUACAGACACAGCAUCAAAUACGAAGGACGAUUUAACUGGAAGACUAUGGUCGACGGCUACCAGGAAUGCCUGCAUUGCCAAUAUACGCACCCGUCAUUCUCCGUAUACUACCCGCCGACCUCGUACGCGGUGCACAAUCAUCAGAACUUUUCGCAGCAUAUCGCAGACCCGGAAAAGCCGGAUGAUGGUCUAUUCCUUUAUUUCUUCCCAAAUUGCACUCUGAAUGUUUAUGGUGGAGGGAUGUCCUCGUUCCGAGUAUGCCCGACAGAUGACCCGAAUGUGACGAGGAUGGAGUUUGACUACUAUCAUAUGGAGUCAGGCGAGAAGUUCGACGAGUACUUCAAGUUUGUGCGGCAAGUGGCCAUGGAGGACUAUGAACUGUGUGAGAAAGCUCAAAGCAACCUCACUAAAGGCAUCUAUAGCGAAGGCAUUCUCAACCCGGAGAAGGAGAGCGGAGUUUCAUAUUAUCAAGAUCGGGUCUUCGAGCUCGUGUGUCAGCAGCACGCAGCAGAGAGACAAGAAAGGGAAAUGAUAGCUGCGAAAGAUGAUACUCAGAAGAGGGGUCUGCAACGUAUCACAACAGCUGCAUAAGUCAAAGCUGUGUAAGCC